CCAAAAGCAGGGGACUGGUGGAAGGGACCAAUACAUGGAGAAUCCAGACUCGCUGUUUGGGGUCCACUGCUGAUCCCAUUCACUCUCAUAUACAGCUGUAGAACUUGCACGCUUCUGAGAAUUAUCUAAUCAUAAUCCCAGUAGCUUCCCUUUCCAUCGCCGCUUCCAAGAGAGAGAGGGUUGCUUGGUUCCUUGUAGGCCGCUCCUCGGAUCGCUUCUGUUUUCCUUUUUGAAUAGGAAGAGAAGAAAAGAAACUGCAAAGAUUUUUGAAGGGAAGGAUGGAGAACCGAAAGGAGCAGCAGAGCACAGGGUGGAUGUCGGUGCCGGCGUUCGGGGACUGGGAGCAGAAGAACGGGCUGCCGGACUAUUCCAUGGACUUCUCGAAGAUCCGGGAGAUGCGCAAGCAAAACAAGAUGGAUAUCUCCCGUUCCAGCCUCGGCAACGAGGACGACCUCAUCCGCCACCAACAUCGCCACUCCCAGUCCCACCCGAACCGUCCCCGGAGUCCGAUAACCGUCGAUCUCCACCGCCCGCAUCACGAUCACUCCCCCGCCGGGCGGAAGAAGUUCAUGAGCUACUUCCAAUGCUGCAUAAGAGCAUAAAAUGCUGGCUUCCACAACCUUUGUAGGAAAAGAGUUUUUAUCUACAGGAGCUUGGGAACAUGGCCAUGGCCUCCACAACUUCAGAGAUUUUUGUGGUUCACAAGUGGAUUGCCUUCUUUGUUUUUUUUGAGUGAUUAUUGCUUGAAAAAAACCCAAGUAUUAUGGACCUCUGUAUUUAAUCUACCUUGUCGCUUGAUUCACGGGUUGCCUGUCCAACACGCAAAAACGUUUGACA